AUGGGUGGGAACAAUUCAACACCAGUGGUGAGCAGUGGACUUGAAGAGGAGAAGACUGCCAGGGAAGAAGGAGGUCUCCCAGAUUUGACUGUGUCAGGAAAAGCCACCCUUGACAUUGCCAUCACAGGAAUGACAGGUGCUGGUAAAUCAUCCCUUGUCAACGCCCUGCGAGGCCUGUCAGAUUUUGAUGAGGAGGCAGCCAAAACUGAUGUGAUAGAAGGAACAAUAGAACCAAUGGGUUAUCCUCUCCCUGCCUUUCCAGAUGUAACAAUAUGGGACCUUCCAGGAAUUGGGACAUCUAAUUUUAAAGCAGAGGAAUACCUAGAAAGGGUAAAUUACAGCCAAUAUGAUUUCUUCAUAAUUGUUGCUUCUAAUCGCUUCACUGUCUAUGACAUCCAGCUGUCCUGUGCAAUUCAGAAAAUGAAGAAGCAGUUCUACUAUGUGCGCUCCAAAAUGGACAACAGUAUUAAGAGUGAAAAACGGAAUCCAGAAUUCAAUGAAAAAGCAACCCUUCAACGAGUCAGGAAAGACUGUCUUGAUAAUUUGGUGGAGGCUGCUGGUAUUUUUUCUCCAGAGAUUUUCCUCAUCUCCAGUUGGUACCGGGAUAAGUACGAUUUCCCCCUCCUGCAAAGGACCUUGGUGAAUGAAAUUGAGGCUCUGAGGAGAGGUGUCUUAAGACCAGCUGUGCCACCAGAGGCAGAAGAUAAGAAAGAUGACAAAUCAACCAAAUCAUUUAAAGGAAGUGGAAUCAGUUUCUUCCUCCUCCAAAAAAUCUUAAAAAAUAACCUUGCAAAGCUGAGGGAUACUCUGAUGCAAAGAAAUCUCGAAGAGGUGACAGAGGAAAUGCAUCAAGAACUGGAAGCGUUACAAAAUGCCAAGCUUGACAUUGCCAUCACAGGAGUGACAGGUGUUGGUAAAUCAUCCCUUGUCAACGCUCUGCGGGGCAUGACCGAUUAUGAAGAAGGUGCAGCAAAAGUUGGGAUAACACCAACCACUAUGGAGUGUCAAGCCUAUGCACAUCCCUUAUUUCCAAAGGUAACCAUAUGGGAUCUACCAGGGAUUGGGACACCUGAAUUUAGACCAGAGGAUUAUCUAAAGAAGGUCAAUUUUAGCCAGUAUGAUUUCUUCAUUAUUGUCGCCUCGGAACGUUUCACUGAGAAUGACAUCCUCCUGGCCCAUGAAAUUAAGAAGAUGAAGAAGAAAUUUUACUUUGUACGCUCCAAAAUGGAUAUCAGUAUAGCUGCUGAAAUGAGGAAACCAAACUUCAAUAUGGACAAAUCCCUUCAGAAAAUACGAAAAUACUGCUGUGAUAAUCUGACAAAGGUAGGAGAAUCUAAGCCAAGGGUUUUUCUAAUCACUGCUCGAGAUUUGGAUAUGUAUGAUUUCCCACAUCUGCAAGAGGCCUUGGAAAACGAUCUGGAAGACCUCAAGAGAGAAGCUUUAAUUCUCGCUAUGCCAGUAUUCUCAAGAAAAAUCCUGGAAAAGAAAAGGGCUGCUAUGGAAGGCUAUGUGUGGAAACUAGCCCUUGUGUCCUGUGCUAUUGGGGUGAUUCCUGUCCCUGGCAUCUCUGUUUGUUGUGAUAUUGGUAUCUUGGUGGCAGGACUGAUACUUUUCUACAAAGUCUUUUGCUUAGAUGAAGAUUCCCUCUGCAGAGUUGCAAAAGUGGUUGGCAAAGAUUACGAAAUCUUGAAAUCUGCUAUCAAAAAGUCUCCAAUGUCCAGCAUGAUCACUCCAAAAUAUGUAAUCAGUCUCUUGGCCCGAUCAUUGUUAUGUGCAGCUGUGGCAAUAAUUGAAAUUAUCUUCUAUUUUGUACCAGUGUUGGGGUCUCUGGUUGGAGGAAUUAGUUCUUUUGCAACCACAUUCUACAUGCUGAGGAGUUUCCUGAAUGACAUUGUGGAAGAUGCAGAGAACGUUCGGGCAAAAGCCGCUGAGCCUUGA